AUGAAUGAUCUUCCUUUGGCUUUGAGAACCUCCAAUGGUCAUCAAAUUAACAACAUUCUUUGGGACAUUACAAAUCAAACUAUCGGGUACUCAAACAAAGAUGAAAGAGUUAAGAACGGUGAUGUUAAAAGAUUUCAAGUUUAUAUCGAUGAUAUCAUUUUUGGUUCCAAUAACAUGCAACUAGUCAAGGAGUUUUCUAAGCAUAUUCAGGGUGAGUUUGAGAUGAGUCUCAUGGCGGAGUUGAGUUACUUUCUUGGUCUUCAAAUCAAGCAACUCAACGAGGGGACAUUCAUGUGUCAAACAAAAUAUUACAACAGAUUACUAAAGAGGUUUGGUAUGGAAGAUGCAAAAUCAAUUGACACUUCAAUGCUCACAAAUGGAAACUUAGAAAAGAAUGAAAAUGGUAAGGAUAUUGAUGUCAAUAAGUAUAGAGGUAUGAUCAGUUAUCUUCUAUAUCUUAUUGCAUCUAGGACAAACAUUAUGUUUAGCGCGUGUAUGUGCGAUCAUUAUUAA